GAGGGGGCCGCGCGUGCGCACCGGCACCAACAUUCAAACGGCUGGCGAGGGGAGGUCGCCGCACCUGUUGCCGCCGCCGCCGCCGCGGGGUCGGGGCAUCGCCAGCGGAGAGCGUCCUUGGCUGAGGCGGCCCAGGCGGAGGAAGCAUGAUCUCCUGGGCCCUGUACCGCGUCGUGGUGUGAGUUGGGCUGCGUUCGGGAGCUGGUGGUGGGUCGACUGGAUGGCCUCUGGGGGCCCCGCGGCGUUUCCGUGAGGCGAAGCUGCGAGCGUUCAGGCCAGGGCGAAGGGGUCACGGGGAGGGGGGUCCUUUCGUCUGAGAGCAGAAGGAGCUGAGGCAGCUAAUGGGACUGGAACUGCGCCUCCUUUUUAGAUAUGUUCAUGCCUACCCACAGGACUAGAAACUUGGCGCUGGUAAAUGGAGGCGCCUCGCCCCGUUGUUCUCUCCAGCUUGGCGGGUGGGGUUCGUCUCCAGAGAGAAAACGACGAGCCCUUUGAGUGGCACCCUGGCUCCCAGACGCCAUGGAGCACCCCCCAAAACACAUUAUAAUAGUACAUUAUUAUUAUUAUUAUUAUUUAUUAUUUCAGUUUAUUGCCUGCCCUUCCUCCUAAGGUCCCAGGGCAGGUAACAACGCUGUAAAAGACAUUAAAACGCAUUGCAAAAAAAAAAUUAAGAUUAAUAAAAAGUAAGAAAAGUUCGUGCACUUCCACUUGUGGAACGCUGCUGUUUUAGAUGCACUCUGAUUCCGUGAUGGAGUGUAACUUGGAUGCAUGUAGGAUGCCUUUAGCGCCAGGCCAAGUGUAUGCGUAACAAGGGUGCCCAUUGAGGAAGUGUGUUCUGGAGGCUUGGCAUGAACAACUCUCAUGGAAUUGAGUCAGGGCUGUAGGCAGUGUGGGAGUCGGGUGCUGUGCCAGGGGCAUGGAUGCCAUUCAGUUGCGGAUCUGUGGAAAGAACAGAGACAAUGGAGCAUUUUCCCAUUUCUUUAGCAAUAGAGAUCCUUUUCCCUUUAAUUUUUAUUUCCUUUAUAAUCCUCUGGUUUGACAGAGUGGUUGGGGGAUCUCUGGGCACCUAAAACUUGAAACUUGCAAUGUUCCUUCAGCUCCACCGAUAAACUUGGUCUUUUCUCAAAGGAGCCAAAGGAGUCCUGAAUGCAAGACACAACAAGCCAUAUUAUGCUCUUUGAGUCCUGAAUGCAAGGCAUGACAAGACAUGCCCUCUCCUCCCUGGUUGCACAACUGGCAAAAUGCUAAGGGCCGUUUUGCACUUGACUCCUGUGGUAGUUGGGUUUUCUUCUGGUGUCUCACAAGCUGCACAUAGUGGUUCUGAAUUGAGUCAGCACCACGAGGCCGAAUUAGAUGACUAUUGGCUGGAUUAGAUGACCCAAUUCCUGUAAGUCUAUGAUCCCCAGCUUUGCAUCCUUAAGAGAGGAGUCAUGCUAGUGUGGAAGGAGCCACAUAAUGCUGGGCUUCUCUGAUGCAGAGAAACUCAGAUGCACCAUAAACAUUACAGCUUAAAUCUUGCAAGUUCUAAAUCCUGGUAGGUAGCUGUGUUGGUCUGACGCAGUAGAAAUAUAAAAUAAUAAUAAUAAUAAUAAUAAUAAUAUUGUCGGCAUGCACAUGAAAGCUCAUACCAAGACCAAACUUAGUUGGUCUCUAAGGUGCUACUGGACAAUUUUUUAAUUUUUUUUUUAAUAAAGUUCUAAAUCUUCACCCUUGUAGUUUCAAGAUAUUGCUUGCUCAUCUUUCUCAGUAAACAAUUGUUCAGCCUCCCUGCCGCUAUUUUUCUUAAAUAUAACCUGCCUCAGUUUUGCUUAACUGCAGUCUAAUGGGCCUCAGUUUCUUUCAGUCUUUGCUAUUGUAUGCUUCUUGAACCUGGUGCCUUCCAGGUGUCUUUUCAUCAGAUUCAGCCAGCGUGGCCCAUAGAGUGGGAGCACAGCAGGGGGAGCCGGUGAGAGCUGUGAUCCAGAACAUUUCAAGGGCUCCAGAUUGGGGAACUGAAUCUUUUCAGGCAUCCCAUCAAUAGUUCUAGAAGCAUCCCGUGGAUUCAGAAUCAUAGAAUUGUAGAGUUGGAAGAGUCAUCUAGCCCAGCCCUUUACAAUUGUUGAUUGGUUGUGUAGAGCUCCUUCCUCACAAAUGCUGUUGCCGUAUACUGAGUUGGACCAUCGGUCCAUCUUGUUCAGAAUUGCCUGGCAGGGGAUUUCAGCAUCUUAGAGAAAGAUCUUUCCCAAACUUCCCUGCAAAUGCUGGAGAAUGAACCUAGUCCCUUCUUUGCACAACCAGGUACUCUUCUACUGAGCUAUGGUAACCCUGAUCAAAUAUUCCCUGUUUCCAUAUAUGUUAUGGUGCCAGCAAGAUGGUGGAAUGUUCUGCACAACAUUCCUGCAGUUUUGAGUCAGGGGCUGGGGAGAUUCUUAGAUUUCAUGGGGGACUGAGCUGGACUUCCUGUCUUGGAGGCUCCUGGAGGGGCUUGAGGUUUAUGUCUCCAACUGCCCUUUUGUUUACACCCAGCAGCCAAGGAAGGCCUGGCUGAGGAGCUUGUUGAGCCGGUCCCACCUCUCAUUGAGCAACCCAAGGCAUGUGUGUAGGAGGGAGAAGGCCCCAGAAAUAAUCCUUGAGAGUGCCUGAGCUGCUCAGUGCAGUCAGCUGCCUGCCUGGUGCUUGGAGGCCUCUUGCACCCUUCUUGCCAUGCCCCAGGGUCAGAAUAGCAUAUUCUCUGGGGCAGCCAUGGAGGCCGCGAAGGCCAAGGUGCAGCACUAUGCGAAGCAGUGGUGCCUGUGGAUUCUAGCUGGAUUGUACCGGUGCUGGCCUGCCUUCUUGACGCCCCCUUUCCGUUACAGGCUGGUGCUUGGGAUGCUCUACCCUGCCUAUGCUUCCUACAAGGCUGUGAAAACGAAAAAUAUCCGGGAAUAUGUAAGUGGUGUGGGGGCGGGGGGGGGGAGAAGAAUGAAGUAACCCUCAGAUUCUGAAUACAGUACAGUGGACUCUCCGGAUACGAAUUAAAUUCAUUCCGGGGGUCCAUACUUAACCUGAAAAGUCCGUAAUUGGAGGCGCCACUUCUGUGCACACAUGUGGCGCGAUAGAGCGCUUCUGCGUAUGCGUGUGGUGCGCAGAAUGCUUCUGCACAUGCGUGCAUGGUGAAACCCGGAAGUAUACACUUCCGUGUUUGCCGCGUUUGCCACCUGAAAGUUACGUAUCCAGAGCGGUACGUAACUCAAGGGUGCACUGUAGUUGAGUCAAGCUGUGGGUUGAUUCCAUCUCAGUACUGUGAGUGGCUUCCAGAGUGGGCAGAUUCUUCUGUAGCCACAGUGCCCAGGGCUACUGUAGAAAUAAAACAAAUGUAUUUCCCACAGUGCCUAGCUAAAGCAGCCAGGUGCUCUGCUUUCCAGAGCCAGGGGCAUUCGUGCUCAGCUGUGGCAUUGAGCACCAUGCACUUUUUGUGGGGCUGCCUUGAGGACUACAUUUGGACAUUUGGGGACUACAAGUGACACUGAAUGGCUUCCCUUUGGGUUGUCUUCUCCCACAUGAUGCUGCUCCUCAGGGGUCCUGCUGUCUGUCCCUCUUCUUGCCUGAGGGUGCAGUGGGUGACUGGGGCAGAUCCUUCUAGAACUGGUGGACAUCCAAUGAAGCUGAAUGUUGAAAGAUUCAGGACAGACAAAAGGAAGGACUUCUUAAUGCAAGCACAAAGUUAGACUAUGGAACUCCCUCCCACAGGAAGCAAUGAUGGCCACCAACGUAGAUGUCUUCAAAACUGGAUUAGACAAAUUCAUCGAGAAGUGGGCUAUUAAUGGCUACUAGCCAUGAUGGCUAUGCUCUGCCUCUGCAGUUGGAGGCCACAGUGCUUCUGAAUACCAGUUGCUGGAAACUGCAGGAGGGGAAAGGGCUCUUACACUCGAAUCCUGCUUGGGGGUUUUCCACUGGGACAUCUGGUCAGCCACUGGACUAGAUGGGCCAUUGGCCUGAUCUAGCAGGCUCUUCUUAUAUGCUCCUAUGUUCUUCUCAGCCCGGGGACCAGGAUUGUGGCUCUCCAAAUUAAAGACACUUGUGGCUUGGAGGACACACUUGUCAUGAUGAUUAAUAAAGUUAGAUGGGGGACAGUCAAUAUUGUGACUGGUGUCUCUUUACCUUUGUUGACGUACUGUGUCUCCAUGGUGCAAUUCCACAUCGAGAGCUGAAGAUUUGGGUGCCACCUGAGACCAGUUUCUCCGUAGCAGGGCAGGGUUUCCCCAGGCAUUUGCAUCUCAUUGACUAGGAGGGACCUAACACUUCCUGGUGACUUGGCAGGUCCGCUGGAUGAUGUACUGGAUCGUGUUUGCCCUCUUCAUGGCCACAGAGACCCUCGCAGAUACUUUCAUUUCCUGGUGAGUUGCCGUUCUCCCUCUCCCAACCCCCUUGUUUCAAUGAACUACAUAGAAAUGUCAUCUGUUGAACAGAAAAGAUCCCAAAGCCCACCCGCUCCCUGGUCUCACAACUGUGUUUUCUUCUGAACAGGUUCCCUUUCUACUAUGAGAUCAAAAUGGGAUUUGUCAUAUGGCUGUUGUCUCCAUACACAAGGGGGGCUAGCUGGCUGUACCGCAAAUUUGUACAUCCCACAUUAUCCCACAAAGAAAAGGUGAGAGUAAUCCUGGAACAGACCGUCCGCUUCAGGGAAGGGGGGAGGCAUUCAGGGGUCUGGGACCGGGUGAGCCACUCCUUCAUUUUUCCGUCCAGUUCUGGAUGAGCAAAGGAUUUCUGGAAGCUUCUGUGUGGGAGUUACUACAUGCAUGGAGGUUUUGGUCACCAAAAGUUCCAGCCUUCAAUGUGCUUUGCCUAUUGCUUAUUUAGUUCUGCCAGAGUCAUGUGCAUUUCAUACAAUCUUCCUCUUCCUCUUUCCCUGCAGGAAAUUGAUCAGCUCAUCCUUCAGGCCCAGGAGCGUGGCUACGAAACACUCCUGAGCUUUGGGAAGAAGAGCCUCAAUGUUGCAGCCACAGCUGCUGCCCAAGCUGCCGCAAAAGUAACCACGUUUCCUCUGCAUAUUGGCUAAGAAGGGGAUGGGGUGGCGGGCUAGCCUGGGCAACAAGCAGCAGCCCUGGAGGCUUUGGGGAAGGAAGAGAAGGGCUGCCAUUCCUAGGCGGUGUAAUGUAGUAGCCUUGUCUGUUGCACUAAAGCCCCCUGUGGCCUUGCCAGUUCCCAGCUCAGCAUUGCCAGGCCAUGGAGGGUGGUUGAAGCAUGCUAUGCAAACCUCUCACCCCAGCUGACUGAGAUGUAACCAGCCAGAAACUGGGUAGUUCUCUGGACUCAGUUGCCCUUCCCAGUUGACCAGAUACUGCCUGCAAUAAGCUUUGCCACCUGUGGGAAGGAGCUGGUAGGGUGACCUCAUUUUAAUAAUCCACAUGAAUGUAGAACAAAAUUGGGCUUACUCCCAGCUCUUACUGGGAGUGUGGCCCCGAGGCAGAUGCUUAGGCCUUUGAGCAGGAUUACACUUCCCAGCUUGGGCUGGUUCCUUCUCUGGAUGCCUCUGAAACAGACCUCUGCUUGUGGAGGUGGUGAUGUUUAGAAAUAUCCCUGUAUGGCUGCAGCUGUGGAUUGCCUCGCAUUCUGCACACUCUUUAAGAAGGUCCUACCAAAGGGGAUUUGAGGGAAUUCUGCUUUUGGGAGUCAUUUAUCAGUUGUGUCCCCCUCCCUUGGCACAGGACACCCCUCUUUGUCUCAUUCCUCCUUAUUUAUUAAAUUUAUUUCAUAAAAUGUAUAUACUGCUUAAUUUCAGAAAACCUCAAAGCGGUUUACAAAAAGAAUAAAACAGUAAAAGCAAUUAAAACAUCCAAAAAUUAAAACCAGCAGUAAGCUAGAAACCCAUCAGCAUUCUAAAUAUCUGGGUUAGCUUAUCUCAUGUGACAUCAGUAACAGUGGCAGUUCUCUCUGCUCAGUCCUCUCCUCUGUCAGCUCUGUUUAACCCUAUGUAUUCCUUUCAUCUUCCCCAAACACAAUUGGGGCAAGGAGCAGUGUCCAUAUCAUGUUGGUUUCUUCUCCAUAGUGGAAAAAAAAUUACCUCCAGGAAAGAUUUUUGGAAGCAAAGCUUUUCUUGUCAUUGGGGAAUGAGCUGCCCUUGAAGGUUGUCUUUUGUUUGCAUACAGCUCUCUGCUUCAUUCCUCCCUUUGUCUCCCCUUGUUCAGAGUCAAGGGGCCCUGGCCGGGCAUUUGCGUAGCUUCAGCAUGCAGGACCUGCGUUCCAUCCCAGACACGGCUCCUGUGCAUUACUCUGAUCCCCUGUACCUGGAGGAACAGGAGCUCCGCCGGAGGCCAAUAGGUGAGCAAGCCCAGAAAAUGCUUGGAACUGCUGGCAUCCACAAUGAUCAAGGGGGUGGAGGAGCAACUCCCCUCUAAGGAAAGCUUGCCAUGUUUGUGACUUUUUCGUUUGGAGAAAAGGCGAGCAAGAAGUGACAUGGAAGACAGUCAUAGAAUUAUGCAUGGCAGGGAGGGAGUGGACAGAGAGCUUGCCACUGAUUCGGUCUCAUGAACAACAUAUGGGAAGGGUGUUUGACCAUUGGCUGUGUUGACUGGGGCAGAUGACAAUCCAACAAUAGCUGGCGUACUAGUUUGCUCCUUUCCCUCCCAUAGCUGGCAACUUUUUCCUUUUUUUAAGGGAAAUUCCCUUAUUCCGAAUAGGAUUCCAAGCAAGAAAAGGGAAAAGUUGACAGCUAUGGUCCCUCCCAUCAGCAAUUGCAAGGGGGAAAGAAGACCACCACCCCUGUAACUUCCUGGGCUCCUGUUGAAUCUGUAUUUACAUUUAAAAGUGCAUGUUUGGUGUUAAAACAGGCAUGAGAAAAACUCCAGCCUUCCUUGCCUGCCACUCUUGGUUGUUUCAUAGGACACAGGGCAUCUCCUCAAGAGCUGGGCUCUGACAGCAACGAAGAGGACUGCUGGUCAGACUCUGAGCUCUCUGCUGGCGUAAGGGGCCACAGCAGGAAGGCUUUGCUUUCCAAGCCGCUGGCCAGGACCCAGAGCCUCCGCAUGGUGAAGAAGAAGUCGCCUGUCAAAGAGGUGAGACCCUUGGGUGGUGGGCACAGCCUGGGAAGUGCCUGGCUUGUGCUGGCAAAGGGAGAGGUUGCAACCCCGGCCCCCACCCUUUCCUCCGGAACUUCAGCUCUUGUAUCCGAGGCUGGGGUCUGCAUGCCAGAACACUCACACUUUGUCCUCCUCUGCAGGGCUCUGCUCGGGUCCCGCGAAGUCGCCCCAGGAAGAAGGUGGCCGAUCCGAUCUGUUAGGCUUGUCUGCAGGGAAGCCUUGGUUGCAAAUGCUGGCACUAGGUGCUUGGGACAGCUUGUGACAUCGAUGACUACAGUGCUUCACAGCUUGGUUGUGGAGGGAGAUGGGUUUGAAACAUACCACGUCCUGGCAAUGUGAAGCCUUGUGUACCCUACAGCUACCACCCACACUACAAGCCGGCUCUCAGGGCACCCUCCCCUCCUGGUCUCAAAGUGGUGCCUUGAUUGUGACUGGUGGCCACCUUCCUCUCUGUACUUGCUGCCUCUCAAAUAUCCUGCCCACGUGAUGUGCCUACAGGAAGGGGAGGUAUCUCUCUCUUUCUCUUUCUCUUUCACUACACAUGCCUUUUUUGACACAAGAAUACUGUGCCAUAAGCAGACUUGCCUUUUUAAAUGCCAGGGGUGAAAGAGCUGUUUGUUGGGGGAGUAUUAGACUCCAAGAAUCUGGGUACCAUUUUUCUUGUCCAGACGCUUGGCUGCUUUGAAGAUGGGUGCCCCAGAGUGAGCUUAGUGCACUUCUACAGCACUCGCACUUCGGAUUGGGGUGCAGUGGUGAGAUACCAAAGAAGAAAACAGCCUCUCUCCCCCCACUUUCCUUGUAGCUGCUUACAUCUCAGGUUUCUUCUUCCGCUGAAGUUCCCCCUCUCCACCACCGGUGAAAACACUGGCAUGUCUACUUGAACACUAUCACUAGCUAGGACCUUGACCUAAGUGCAUUUGUAAGUUUUGUAUAUUAAAUAAAUGCAUUUUUAUUAGACCUUA